GGAAAAUGGCGCCGAGCUCGAAAACGGAGCGGGGCGCCGCCGCCUCAGGGGGGAAGCGGGGCGCGUCCGAGUCGGGGCGCGGGGGGCGGCGGGAGCACGUGGUGAGGCAGCUGGAGCGCGUCAAGAUCAGCGGACAGCUCUCGCCUCGUCUUUUCCGUAAGCUUCCGCCCAGGGUUUGUGUCUCCUUGAAAAGCAUCGUGGACGAACAUUUCUUGUGUGCAGGGCACAUUUUCCUGGGCUUCUCUAAGUGUGGGAGAUAUGUGUUGUCCUACACCAGCAGCAGCGGCGAUGACGACUUCUCUUUCUACAUCUACCAUCUCUACUGGUGGGAAUUCAAUGUCCAUAGCAAGCUAAAAAUGGUGCGUCAGGUUCGGUUAUUCCAAGAUGAAGAAAUCUACAGCGAUCUGUACCUGACCGUAUGCGAAUGGCCCAGUGACUCCUCCAAGGUCAUCGUCUUUGGCUUCAACACCCGCUCAUCUAACGGCCUGCUCAUAAACAUGAUGAUGAGUGACGAAAACCAUCGGGACAUCUACAUUAGUACAGUGGCCAUGCCUCCUCUUGUGCACUGCGCCAGCUGCAGGGACAUGGCCCUUGCGCAUCAAGGUGACCCUAAUGCCAAAUGCUUGCAGCACGGCUUCAUGCUGCACACCAAGUACCAGGUGGUGUACCCCUUCCCCACAUUCCAGCCGGCGUUCCAGCUGAAGAAGGACCAAGUCGUGCUCCUCAAUACCAGCUAUUCUCUAGUGGCGUGUGCGGUUUCUGUGCAUACAUCAGACGACAGCGGCUUCUGCCAAAUCCUUUACGACAGAAGUCACCAGCCCCGGUCCUCUGCCAGCGAAGCCUGCCCUGCGGCCGUCCCCUCGCAGUGUUCCACCAGCCCAAAGGACGGGCUGGAAAGAGACAAUGGCCCUUGCCGGAGCGCAGCUUCCUCCCACCAAGCUGUACCGGAGCCUCUGCAGGAUGCAGAAAACCACGUCUCGCCCGCGGUAGCUCUCGCGAAGGAGUUUGUCGCAGAUAUCUUUCGAAGGGCUAAAGAAGCCAAAGGCCCUGCCCCGGUGGAAGAGGAAGCUGGCGGCGGGCCGGAACACCGUCUUGACUCAGGGGCUGCGGGCCAGGGUUCUUUAGCCUCUUGGGAUCUCGGGAGGAGUUCGGGAUCUUGUUUGCACAGCAGCGGCAUUCUCAGCUCUCAGUCUUCUGGGGCAGGGAGCGUUUCCGACACGGGGGGGUCGCCCAAGGAUUCCCCCGGCCUCGAGCUGGAAAGCGAGCCGGCCGAGCCGGGCUACGUGAACUAUACCAAACUGCGCUACGUUCUGGAGCCCGGCGACCUCUCGGAGGCAGAGGAUGAGUAUGAGGAUGACAAAAUCUCCUUGCCGUUUGUUGUGACGGACUUGCGAGGAAGGAACUUGAAGCUCCUAAAAGAGAGGGCUGUCUGUCAGGGCCAGUAUUUAACCGUGGAGCAGCUCACUCUGGAUUUCGAGUACGUCAUUAACGAAGUCAUCCGGAACGACGCCUCGUGGUCCAAGCAGUUUUGUUCCUUCAGCGACUAUGACAUUGUCAUCUUGGAGGUCUGUCCAGAAACCAACCAAGUGAUCAUCAAUAUUGGACUUUUGCUCCUAGCCUUCCCUUCCCCCGACGAGGAGGGACAGCUCCGGCCAAAGACCUAUCACACCAGCCUCAAAGUGGCAUGGGAUCUGAAUACGGGCGUCUUCGUCACCGUCAGUGUGGGGGAUCUCACGGAAGUCAAAGGACAGACCAGUGGCAGUGUCUGGAGCUCCUACCGCAAGAGUUGCGUGGACAUGGUGAUGAAGUGGCUGGUGCCCGAAAGCAGCGGCCGCUACGUCAACAGGAUGACCAACGAGGCCCUUCAUAAAGGCUGCUCCUUGAAAUUCCUCGCAGACAACGAACGCUACACGUGGAUCGUCUUGUGAAGCUCCAGUAGUGCAUUCCCUGCCAUAACUGCGUUGAAUUCAACUACCUCCGUGUUGGAAAGGUUUUUUU